UGUGAGUGAAUGAGGCAGACAGACAUAAUCAGUCAGAGUGAGACCUCUGCACCGCUUGCUCUUCGAGGCGCCCUGCGCAUGCGCGGAUGACUAUCAGGAAGUAAACAAGCAGCGUGCGGCCUUCCCCCCGCGUGCAGGCUCAGAGGACGGUUUAGGCGCAACAACGAACUGAUAAAGGCUCCUCCACCUCCUCCUGCAGAGUGCCCCUCCCCUCAGAAGAGGAGGAGGUCAGAAAUGGAGGAAUGUCCUUCACCUGUCGACAUUAACACACCUGAGAGAGUAGAGAAGAACAAGAACAAGAGCAAGAAGAAGAAGAAGCGUGAGGAGCAGGAGGUGGUCAGUCCUGCUGCUGCUGCCAGCAGCCAGGAGAAGAAGAAGAGAAAAAAGACGCAGGAGGUCGUCGUAGAAACCAGCGAGACAGAAAAGAAGAAGAAGACGAAAAAACACAAGAAAGGGCUAAGCAAGGAGAGCAUCGCCACGGUAACAACAGACGUUUCCAGGCUGAAGAAGAAGAAGAAGAAGAAGAAGAAAGAUUGGAGUGUGGAGGAAGUUCUAUCAAAGGAAGGAGAAACUCCGGGAGAGAAGAAGAAGAAGAAGACGACAGGAGGAGGCGUGAAGAAGAGUCCGACCAACACAGCAGCAGCAGAAGAAGAGGUGAACUGGGCGUUAUUGGAGGAGCUGCAGGAGUUUGUUCCAGACCUCAAAAAUAAAUCAGCUGAUCAGAUCAGCAAACUGCUGAGAUACGACCUGCAGCGCUUCAAGAACUUCAAACAGCAAGGCGUGUCUCUGCGCUCGGGCCGCUGCUCUCAGCAGGAGAAUCAGCGAAUCAGAGAGAACAUGGCCGACUUCCUGGCUCUGACCAGCAUCAGCUCAGCCAAUCUGCUUCUGUUCCCGAAGAGGUACAAAGACCAGGAGGUGGAUAUCAAGAAGCUGAGAGCAAGACAUCACUUCCUGUUGAGAAUUGCUGAAGGGGUUCCUCGUUCAUGUCAUCGGGUUUACACGAGAGCCAGGAGGAUGUUUGACGACAAGAACUACAUGGGAAGGUUCUCGGAGGAGGAGGUUCGCUCUCUGGUGAAGUUACAGAAAAUUCACGGUAACGACUGGAGUAAGAUCUCUGAGAAGAUGGACCGCAGCACGUGCGCGUUAGAGAAGCGCUUCGCCCACAUCGCUGUGGGCCACGGCAUCUGGUCCUCAGACGAGGUGUCCCGGUUAAAGGGGGCUCUGAAGGAUCACCUGGAUGUUCUGGUUCCUCAGAGUUCUGCAGGUUCUGGUCUGAGCAGAGACCAGCUGUGUAACAAUCUUCCCUGGAAGGUGAUCAGCCAGCAGGUCAAGACCCGAUCCUGGAGCCAGUGUCGGCUCAAGUGGUACUCCCUUUUGAAGUUGAAGCUGUCUUCAGGUGGCAGCACCUUCAACAGAGGUCCUGAAGGUCUGGAGGCUAAAAUCCUCCUCAUCAACACGUUGUACAACAUGCAGGUGGAUGACGUCGCGGACAUCGACUGGGACGAAGUCGCUGACACAGUCGGGAAGGUGACUCCUGUUUGUGUUCAGAAGAGUUUCCACAGAAUGAAAGUUUCCAGAGUUCCUCACUGGAGCAGCUUAUCAUACGGAGAGAUCAUCGACUUCCUGAAGCUGAGCGUUUCUCCUCUGCUGCAGGAGAAGCUGAUGAGGUGCAGGAGAGAUGAGGCGCAGCAGCAGGAGGCGCAGCAGCAGGAGGCGCAGCAGAGCGUCUACCUGCUGUCGGACAUCAUGUCCUCACAGGACGACUUCCUGGAGCUGGACAACAGUCAGCUGACCUCCGGCCAAUCACGGCACUGAAGGGGCCCCGCCCCUUCUCCAAUCUGAUAGGCUGUCAGUGGACUGAAUUGAACAAACUGAGAUCCUGACCGGAAGUGGAUUAUUACUGAGGCUUUUAUUUUGAAGGUCCGGAUGUUUGAUAUUAUAAACUUUCUAAUCAAAAACUGUCAUGAUUUGUGUCUGAGCAGCACCAGAAUAUAUAUAAUGAGUACCUGAAUGGAGCUUUAAGAGAUGCUCAUUAUGUAUUUAAUCACAUUUAAGACUAAUAAUAAUAAUAAUAAUAAUGAUGAAAUAUUAAGGGAUUACAGUUAAACACUCUUACAUUUGACAAUAGAAUCAAACAUUAUUUUCAUGAAAGGAUUAUUUAUUGGAUUAAAAAGAUUUGUGUAUAUAUA